UAUUAUUGCGCUUUCCAACGACGGCGAGCGCAAAAAAAAGGUGGAUGAUGUUUGGACUGCGGUGCAACGCACUGCGCCCAUAAGCCCCUAGUCCGUUUCCGGUUUAGCAGCGCUGGAGCUUCAAUCCCUUUGAAAAAAUACCUGUCCGUCCGCUCCAACUUCAUCUUCUCUUCGUAUCUUCCCUCGCAUCUUUGCUUCAUCAACAACCCUUCUCUCCACUCAGUCUUCAGUCGUCAGUUCAUUGUUCUGCCGUCAAGAUGUCGGGCGAAGUUCCUCAGGCCAGAAAGAAUGUCAUGGGCAUUCCGCCCUUCGUGAUUGAUUUCUUGAUGGGUGGUGUUUCCGCCGCCGUCUCGAAAACUGCCGCUGCCCCCAUUGAGCGUGUCAAGCUCUUGAUCCAGAACCAGGAUGAAAUGAUCAAGGCUGGUCGUCUUGACCGCAGAUACAAUGGUAUCGUUGAGUGCUUCAGCCGUACCAUCAAGAACGAGGGUGUCAUGUCUCUGUGGAGAGGUAACACUGCCAACGUUAUCCGAUACUUCCCUACCCAGGCUCUCAACUUUGCGUUCCGCGACACCUACAAGUCGAUGUUCGCCUUCAAGAAGGAGCGUGAUGGUUACUGGAAGUGGAUGGCCGGUAACUUGGCCUCUGGUGGUGCUGCUGGUGCCACUUCUCUUCUCUUCGUCUACUCCCUCGACUAUGCUCGUACCCGUCUUGCCAACGAUGCCAAGUCUGCCUCCAAGGGUGGUGAGCGUCAAUUCAACGGUCUCGUCGACGUCUACCGCAAGACUCUGGCUUCUGAUGGUAUCGCUGGUCUCUACCGUGGUUUCGGUCCUUCGGUCCUUGGUAUAAUCGUCUACCGUGGUCUGUACUUCGGCAUGUACGACUCCAUCAAGCCUGUUCUCCUGGUCGGUCCUCUUGAGGGUAACUUCUUGGCUUCCUUCUUGCUCGGCUGGGGUGUCACCACCGGUGCCGGUAUCGCUUCCUACCCUCUGGACACCAUCCGUCGUCGCAUGAUGAUGACUUCUGGUGAGGCCGUCAAGUACAAGAGCUCCUUCGACGCUGCCCGACAGAUCAUGGCUGCUGAGGGUAUCCGAUCCUUCUUCAAGGGUGCCGGUGCCAACAUCCUCCGUGGUGUUGCUGGUGCUGGUGUGCUCUCCAUCUACGACCAGGUCCAACUCCUCAUGUUCGGCAAGGCCUACAAGGGUGGUUCCGGCUAAACGCCUCGCCCACAUUCGCCAACGGCUUCCAUGAUGGCUUCUGCGCGGCAACUCUUGCUGCGUAGGAGCUUGCCGAGUAAGGAAAGGAGCACAGGUUAAUGGUGUUGCCUGGGGCCUGCUGAUCAAGUUUUCAAGGUCUCCUGGGGGAUUGAGGAUGUGAAGAUCUGGGGUUGAUGAACGAGCGACAUGGUUGUGCAAAUAGACAAGGUCAACCACAACCGGGCGACGGGCGCGAGAAAAGACAAUCAGCAAGCGGACAUAAGGGCAAAAAUUGGCCGCAGCCAGCGCAUGCUCGGUUUGAUAGCGUUGACCCUCGAUGGGUUGUGACACAUGGGGUUCAUUGUUUUCUUCUAGCCGAACUUCUGCGUUGCUACUCUUCAAUCCCGAUUGUACUUUAUUACCUAUCUCAUUUGCUCCACUCAAUGUGUUCGUUCUGAAUUUCCUGUGCACUUCAGGCUCAUGUGACCGUCUGGUGAGGGCAAUCUCUAAGGCACUGGUACUUCCUGAUUCUCCUCUAGUGGUACGAUCCAUGGAGACUCUAGUUACAGUACUACCACUGCCACCUAGGUGACUGCGAGGGAUUUCGGGGGACAACAAGUCUUCGCAUCAUUCUUGCUGUCUUCCCGUCGCCGUUGAUUUGUCUCCAUAUCUGCUCUUCCGUUUUUGACAAUUUCUUGCCUGCAGCCUUUGCCCAUGCUAUAGCAGUGGUCAGGACCCCGGACUCGUUGUCCGAGCCACGGUCGAAUGUCGGUUCGGCGUCCAAUAUCCCGCCUCUAUUCGAGGACGUGGGACUAGCCCUGUUCUCGUAGGGCUGGCAGAACUCGACCGGCUUGUCAUCGAACGAGGCCCGUGAGUCCUGCAUGUAGCCUGGCGGAUGGGACAGGUCUUGAGGAUAGUUCGACGUCAUGCCGGCCGGAGGAAUGGAGCGCGUAGGAGUGUAGAGGGAGGGCGAUUGCUGGUGAUUAGGGAGGGGCACAGGGCGUGAAUGAGUGGGCGUAGGGGAUGGCACAGCAUGGCGGAUCGGAGAGGCACUCGAGGGUGUCCAUUGAGGAACAUCGCCAGGGCGUGGUGCAGGUGGAAUCGAAAGCUUGGGAGAGUGGUCUCUGGACGUCGACUGCGGCGGAGACGGCACCGCACCAGGUUGUGGUGGAGGAGGGCUGUCGGUCACUCUGCUGCUGCUACUGCCGUCCGCAGGCACAGUAGCUGUCGGUUCGAAUCUGCGAUUGCAGGUGCUCGACACAGUAUUUGUGGGCUGUGGCACCGCAGGAGCACCGGGCCGCGCUGGUUGUGAUGAAGGAGCCGCUCCGUGGGCAGACCCGGUAGGCGUCGCUGUGGUAGUGGCCGGAGCAUCCACAGGGGUGUAUCGUGCUGCUGCAGUACUGGGCGAAACAGCCUGGGGGUGGGAAGGAAUGUUGGUGUUGAUGGGCGAGGCGGUGUGAAGUGGAAUUGGAGCCAUGGCUUCCUCAAGCGCGACUUGACUUCUCUACACUUUCACGGUGGAUGGUGGCUUCACUGGGUCACCGAGAAAGAUUCAAGGAAAAUAAAAGAUAAAGAAGAGAUGUAGUAGGAGUGGUACUGUAUAUACUCGGUCCUGAGGCAGGGAAAAGGCACAGUGCUGCCCGUGCGUUUGCCUCAAGGGAUAGAAAACGUAGAGCAGUUGCGCGUCAUCAAGGGAAGGACUAUAAAAGGGGGCUGUCAGAACAGCAGCCGGAAUAUCCUGAUCUCACGCUUGUGGUGCAGUGAGUGCGGUAUAGACGAUUUGGACAAUGAGCCUUUGUUAAGGUCCAG